CUCUCCCCCUCAGGAGCCGCCGCCAUUUUGCCCCCCCCAGCCCCGGUCAUGGCGCUGGUCUCGGCCGAUUCGCGCAUCGCGGAGCUGCUGGGGGAGCUGCACCAGCUCAUUAAACAGACGCAGGAGGAGCGCUCCCGCAGCGAGCACAACCUGGUGAACAUCCAGAAGACGCACGAGCGGAUGCAGACGGAGAACAAAAUUUCCCCCUAUUACCGCACCAAGCUCCGCGGGCUCUACACCACAGCCAAGGCCGACGCCGAGGCCGAGUGCAAGUGAGUCCGGAAUUCCCACUCGCAUCCCAAAAAACCUUCCCAUUCCUCACAUUCCUGCUUUUACCCUGCAAAUUCACGCUUUUUUCCCCCUCAGAUUUUCGCUUUUUCCCCCUGAAAAUUCUGGAUUUUUCCCUCAAAUUUCUGCUCGUUGACCUCCAAUUCUCACUUUCCCCCCUCAAAUUUCCACCUUUUCCCCCCCUAACUUCUUUCUCAUUGCAUCGAAUUUUUACUCUCUCACUCUUUUCCCCUCAAAAUUCCCUUAAAAAUCCCAUUUUUUCACCCU